AUGAAGAACAUUACUUUAGCAUUGAUCAUUGUUGUUUUAACGUGUUUCCUUUUUGAACCGACAAGAUGUGCAUUGCCAGCUUAUUUACAAAAUCUCGAACUCGAUGAUAUUACUUCACUAUGGGAUAAAUUUCCAUCAAUAAUCGGUAAAAUCAAAGAAGCUGUCAAUCGAUUCCGUUGUCCCAAAGGCUGGAGACGUUUAGGUGGCUCUUGUUAUUACUUAUCGAAUGUUACUUCAACGCCUAGUGAGGCCAAUCAGACAUGUAAUUUGUUACACUCAAAUCAUUCAAACUUAAUGCAAAUUCGCAAUACAGUGGAAUUAUUCUAUGCCGCUCAUGUAUUAACGAAAAAUAAUCUUACUUCAUUAAUGAUCGAUAUCGAUCCUCUGCUAUUGAAAGGAAAGAGAAUUGCCGAGAUUUUGAUGGAUGAUCAAGGUCGUUGGCAACGUAUGAAGAAUAAAUUUCGUGAAGUUCGCGUUCGUUAUUAUAAAUUAAAAGAAAAAGUAAUUAAUGAACUAAACGAAGCUGGUUUACGCAUAUCAAGGCGUUCGAAAAAGGUCAAACAAUCGACUCGAAAACACAAACAAAAGUUCAUUCAUGACCAUAUCGAUCCGGACGUUUACGAUGAUUAUGAUUAUUACAAAGAGCAGAACAUGACAGAUGCGUAUCCAUCGAAUUACACAACAGAACUAGAUGAAUACGAAUACGACGAUCUCGACUCCGCUGAUGAAGGAGAUGAAUUCGAGCAAUUGGAAGAUAUUCGAGGAAUCUGUGAUCAACUCGACUGGAAUGUUAUCAGCAAUGAUUCAACAGUUUACCUUCUAACGACAUAUUUAGUGUCAGAUAAAAUCGUUUGUUCAUUGAGUAAUGUGGAAGAUGACACGGACUACGAUCAUGUAUGUGAAUAUGUACUUGAUUUUUGCUUUGCAAAUAUCGUAUGUGGCAAACAUGGCCGUUGCGUAAAUACAUUAUCGGGAUUCAAGUGUUCCUGUUCGUUUCUAUAUGGUGGUCUUCUCUGUGAAAGAAUUUCGAAACAAGGCAAACAGAUCUUGAUCGGAUUUAUUUUGAUCUUUGUACUUUAUGGUUUGUCAUUCAAACCUGUCCGUUGGAUACUAUUCGGGUGUUUCAAACAGAGUCGAGAUUUUUGUAAAUAUUGUCUCAAAGUUCAGAAGAAAAGAAAACAAGCGAAGAGAAAGGAAACGAAAGAAGAUAAACGACGAUUAGUGCCAAGUCAGAAAAGCGAAAAUGAUAUUCAAACUAUUGCGAAGAUUCCAUUAUCAGAGUAUCAUGUCGAAGAUCGUCGGCAGACUCUCGCUCAAGAAAUUAUGGAUUUCAUACGGGAUUUUUAUCGAUAUUUAACUCUACCACACAAUGUUGGUCCGCUAAAAAGCCCGAAUAAACGUGAUCUGGUUCGAUUGUGCUGGGUUGGUGGAUUGAGUGUAUUCUUCUUAUCACUGCUAUUUAUCGUGACAACAUACACGCAUUUCUCAUCGUAUAGAUACGAUAUUACAGAUGAGACACGAUUAGAUCUGCUAGUGAAUGAUACGUUACGUUUAGUAACACGAUGUGAAAACAUAUCGGAUUAUCGAUUGGGAAACUUAAUCUUCUUCCCCAUUGCAUCGGCUUUAAUUUUAAUAUUUUCCUGGUCGAUUAAACGAGAAAAACGAUGUACAGAUCUUUGUGAUGGUCGACCGGGCUUGAUCGCCCCAAUCGAACCAUUUCGAACAACAAAUCGUUUUACUACCGCCACAGUUUUCGGCAUCCUUGCAUUUGAAGUACUGAAAAUCUUUGAAGAACUGCUAUUUAGUACAGGUGAUCCACUGAAUCAGGGCGUUCUUAUCGAAUUACUUAUCCGAAUAGCAAUUGUUAUUCUUGUUGGACUGCGAUAUUAUCCGGUGCUGGCGUCAUUACAAUUACGUAAUAUUGCUGUACGAUUUUUUGUUUGUCUGUAUAUAUUAGGUGAUAUUAUUUAUGCAAUUAUUCGCGAAGGCUCGUGUAUGGGCUUUUUACCAUUAUCAAGAUACUACUCCGCUUUGGAAGAGGCAAAAUUACGAGUGGAGCUUGGCACGUGGUUUAUCAUCUACGGAUUAAUAAAAAACACUCCACAUUUUAUCUUGUUGUCGUAUAUUGGUGCCGAGCUAUGGGUACGUUUUGCUUACGAUUCCAUCUAUGUUCCAAUGAAGAAAAAGCAAAGUAUAUGGGUGGCACCUGUUGUUCAACAUGAUGAAUCUGAAUUUGCGAAAUAUUACGUUAAAAAAUUAUUUCGACGCAACCUGCCGACGGUUCGCACGAAUUAUUCGACAAAAGCGAAUAUAGACCAAUUGGAAGAUUUCGAACAUGAAAAUCAAAUGUUAAAUAAAGACAAUGACUCACGUGUGAAAAAGUUUUUUCGUUCAAUUUAUCAAUGGGAUGAUGAUUUUCGUUUUACCACAAUGGCAACUUGUACAUAUACCGUGGCAAUCGUUUUUCUCUACUAUUUGGCUUGCACAUUCGUUUUUCUGUAUAUCUCUCGAACUACAGGACAUAUCUCAUUCGUUCGAUAUUACAUUGAAAGCACAUUGAAUAUCGAAUUCAAAGGAAUAUUUUCGUUACGAUUAGAAAUUAUCGCUAGUGCGGUUAUCACUGUUUGCAUCUAUGGAUUUCAAUUAUAUAUUGGCAUGCAAAAUUAUAAAAAACAUCGCAAGGAUCUAUACAAAGGUAUUUACGAAGAUGUGCCAUCAGCAGCGAAUUUCACUGCGAAUUCCAUAGCAUCGAAAUCGGUUCAUUACUCAGGCUUUCUCGUUGGUUAUAUGGCUUGGGGAUUUGUGAUUUGUUUUCAUCUGAUCUUUUUAAUUCUCAGUUUCCUUCGAAUUAUCUCUUUGCAAUUACGUUAUAUUGAAUUAGUGCUCACUUUUACCGUGCCUGUUCUGGUGGUUUACUUGCUAAAAAUGGUUAGUACAUCGUCAGCAGGAAAGUUCUUCUUUAUACAAGAUAUGGAUGAAAAGUUAAAUUUGAAAAAUCGGAAAACUUAUGCCAUAUUCGUCUAUUUCAAUUUCUUUGCUGAUUGCUUCCUCGGUAUUGCGUCGUGUAUCAUCCGUUUGAUCAAAGCGACCGCACUGAAUGUUGUAUACAUGGCCCGACUUGACUGCAGUUUUCUUGGACGGCCAUUAGAAAAAUUUGAUCUUGGCUUCGCUGCGUAUGUGUCCUACUUACAUAUGGAAGUCACACAUACCAAUCCUAUUAUGCUGGCAUUUUGCUAUUCACUGUAUGACGAUGUUAUUCAACGUCGACCGAAAAGGUGUUAUGAUGAUGAGUGUUGCAUUGCCCCAGGUGAACUGGACGAUGAUGUCCAUGUAGUUCAGGAAAGGACGAUAGUUAAGAAGCCGAUGGAAAAGCCAACUCGUAAUGGAAGUAAAACGAUACCGCAGAAGACAAAAGUGGACGCACAAGAACGCAUAAAGCCAGCGAAAUCAAGCAUUAAAAAGCGAAACUCCAUUGCCAGCGGCAACGGCAGUAAUGACGAUGAUGAUGAGCAAGGUCUUUCGAUAAGAGAGACAAAGACACAGAAAAAAUCUCCAAGUCCAUCAUCGAAUUCGGACAGAGACAGUCAGAAAUCGAAACCACGGAAGCCAAGUAUUGAUAAUAACAUUGCUGAAGAAGAAGAAGAAGAAGAAGGAGAAGAUGGUGGUCCUACAACACCAGAGAUUUCUACGAUAGCGCGACUUAUUCCUCAACAGCGACCUGUUUUACCAUCACUAUCGGAUCUUCCCCCUGCAGUGCCUCCUCGUGCAGACCUCUCAUCAGAGAACGAACAGGACAAUGAUGAUAAUUUUGACGAUGACGGCGGAAUAAAACCACCAUCUAUAUCUUCUAUAUCAAAAAUAAUACCUCAGCAACAGCCUGUGCUACUACCCAUUCCACGAUCAUCACCACCGCGUGCACCUCGACGACAAGACUUAGCGGAAGAAGAAUACGAUGAUGAUGACGGUGGUAUUAAUCCAAAGUUGAUUGCUAGACAAAAGAAAGAACUUGAAGAGAAGAAAAAGAAGAAAGACGCCGAGAAGAAGAAGAAGAAGCAACCGAAUCGUGCAGAUGAUGAUGAUGACGAUGAUGGUGGCAUUUCAAAACGUGAACGAAUUGCAGCUCAAAAGAAGAAGGAAGAAUUAGAGAAGCAGAAGAAAGAAAAGGAACAACGCAGAGUGAAAGUUAAACAAGAAAUCGAUGACGAUGAUGAUGAUGGUGGUGUGUCGAAACAGAAACAGAUCGCUGCUCAAAAGAAAAAACAGGAAUUAGAAAAGAAGAAAAAAGAGAAAGAACGACGAAAAGCGAAAACUAAACAAGACAACGAUGAAGACGAGGAUGGUGCACCAAAGCGGCACGAAUCCAUCAAGAAGAAGCCCUCGAAGGAAAAAGUUUCUAAACCAGCACUCGUAAAAGAAGACGAUGAAGACGAUGAUGGCGGCCGUAUUGUUAAAACCUACGACACGGUUAGAAUGAUUAUGCCAAAGAAAAAACCUGCAUUCGAUCGACAAACGACAAAACAAUCGUCACCAGAAGCACUCGACGAUGGCAGUAUGCUGACAUCGGCACCAGUACAAGAGUUAUUAUUGACAUCGUAUGAUACCGUAGGCCAGAUAGUGCCGAAGCUUUCCACGGCUGUUUCACGAAUCAAAGAAGAAAAUCAUUAUGACACUAUACCUACAGAUGAAGAACGUGCUGCUCGAUUGAGCAAUGUUUAUUCUCCACCGCCAUAUGAUCAAGCGUCGAAAUCAAGUGAUUUGCAUUCUCUACGAAAUGUAUCCUAUCGUCAAGCUCAACAAAGUACACCUCCACUAACUCAACGACGUUCGACUAAUUCGUCGUUGACACAUGGUCAUAGUAACACGAAUGAUGAUAGUAGUCAUUAUUCUGAAAUUAUCCAGAACACAGUUCCAUCAGGAGUUAUCAAUCGUUCCUAUUCUCAUACAGGAUCCAUUCAAUCUUCGUCGAAUAAUUCCAUAAAGCAAGCAAGUAAACGAUCAUCACAGAACGCUUUGAAAGAAGAAGAACAGCAAACGGAAGAAUCGACUGUGGAAACUGACCAAGAAGAAGAAUCUGAAGAGGAAACUGGAGAAGAAGAAAAUGUUGAUGAAGAAGAAGACGAGGAAGAAGAAGAAGAAGAAGGAGAUGAUGAUGAUGAUGAUGAUCAAGAAGAUAAACCAUUGGGCAAACCUUUACCAGGCAAACAGAUCGUUGUUGACAACAUAUCUACAGCCUAUUCGACUCUCGCUCAUAUGGUUGACCCAAAGGAAGCUCGUAAAUUAGAGAAGAUUCGAAAACGCAAACAAGCACGUUUUCGUUGGUUUCUUGCAUAUACAAUACUUAACAAUUAUCACCUAUUUGAUCUAAGGAAACAAGCACAAAACCGUCUUGCUCUCUUACGUAUACAACGAAGCAAUCUAAUGGAUGAACAACAGCAGCAGCCGGUACAAGCGGCUGCCAUUAUACCCACUUCACAAUCUGUCCCAACAAUUAUUGCUCCUGAAAUGAUACAACGAAGAGUACAGGUGACAACACCGACGCCGGAAAUACAAAUAGCGCCUGCAAUACGACCUCAAGCAAUAAAUCGUCUGCUUUCAGUACCUUCAACAGUCGUUCCUGCUGCUGCUGCUGACAAUUUUCCUCAGAGCCCAGCAGAACGAUACAUUGCUGUUCGUUCACAAAUGCUAUACGAUGUUACUGCACAACAUCCGACUACAUCUCGCUCCAAUGCAUCUUCAAUCAUUAGUCAGGCAGCAAAAUCUGAUUUCGCUCCUAAGGCGCGUAGCUCGCAACUACCGACUGUCACCAUUCAACCACCAUCGUCGACAUCUGGCAGUGAACUUAGACUGAAACGCCCGGCCUAUCAACGUCAAGCGUCUCUUGACCCAACACAUAUCGUAACAUCUCAAAACAAUGGUACACCGAUUUUUCAGGGUGUUCCUGAAUCGAAUCACUCUACAGCUGACUAUCCUAUCACAGCUGGUUCUUCAGUAGCAAAUCUGUCAACAUUACGUACACAAAUGAGUCAUGCCCAACAUAUGCAAGCAUGGCGUCAACAACAAUUAAGAAGAGCUCAAAAAAAACAUCCGCAUUGUUAUGUAUACGGUCCACCACCUCAACGACCAUUGGAAGAAAAAGUUGCUACUGCUACUAUUCUCACUCCUCAGGUUAUUGAACCAGUUAGCAGUGGCAUUCAACGACUACCAAGUAGAUCACCGUAUCGAUUUCCACUAGAAGUCAAUCCAAAUGGCGGGAAAUCCAAAGCCACUUCGACAGUUAACAAAACCAAACAAGAUAAAUCUGUUCAAAAGAAAUCAUUACGAACAUCAUCUGCUUUAGUUAACCGAAGAGAAUCACAAGGUAGUUUAUCGAAUGUUACAGAAGUUUAA